GUUGUAAUCGCAAUUCGCUAAACUAUCGUCUUCCUUCUCUAAACCCCGAAGCAAAGUUGCAAACCCCGCGUCAUGCUCACAAGAUGAGUAAGCAAUGGCCCUUAAGAGCCCUCUCACGUGCUCUCUCACGUGUAUACUCCUCCUCUUCAUCGUCUUCUUCAUUUCCUCUGAAACAUGUAACCAAGUCGAACUUCGAGUCCGCACUGGCCAAACUCAAAAGCCAUGUCGGAGCCGCGGAUUUCAUAGCCAUCGAUCUGGAAAUGACCGGAAUCACCAGUGCUCCAUGGCGCGAGUCCUUAGAAUACGACCGAUUCGACGUUCGGUACCUCAAGGCUAAAGAUUCCGCUGAGAAAUUCGCCAUUGUUCAGUUCGGCGUCUGUCCUUUCCGAUGGGACUCUCACCGCCACUCGUUUAUUGCUCACCCGCACAAUUUCUUCAUAUUUCCUCGCCAAGAGCUAGCAACUGAUGGCCCAUCUUAUGAGUUCCUCUGCCAGACCACGUCUAUGGAUUUCUUAGCUAAAUAUCAAUUCGAUUUCAAUGCUUGCAUAUAUGAAGGAGUGUCUUAUUUAUCCAGAGGACAGGAAGAGGAAGCACUAAGACGCUUGUAUUCGCGAUAUGAGAGUGAUGGAAUGUUAGAUAACCUGAAUGACGUUAGAGACUUGCCAUUGGCCAGUGUGACUAAUAUUCUUUUCAGUGAACGAAUGACGAAAAGAUUGAGAGAAUGGCGUGAUGGGUUAUUGAGGGAAGGAAAUGGAGGAUUUCAGUUCCAAGGCAGCUUCAAUAACUCCAGGCAACAGCUCCAAACCAUUUUCUACAAGAUGCGUCCGGCUCUUUGUCUGAGUGGUUUCACGUCCCAUCAACUCAAGUUGAUUCAGAUGGUCGUUAAGAAGCAUUUUAAAGAUCUUGCUUAUGUUCAUGUCAACGUUGAAAGUUCUUGUUUGCAGCAGCUAGUUGUAUGUACUGAAUCUGAAGAUGACAAGGACUUGCUUAUGAAACAAGUGAAGGAUGAAUGUCGUGAAAAGGCAGAGAUGAAGAUCAAAGAUGCAGUUGGGUUCCGUCAUGUUAUUGACCUUCUUUCUUCUGCACAGAAGUUGAUUGUUGGUCACAAUUGCUUCUUGGAUAUUGCACACAUAUACAGUAAAUUCUUUGGUCCUCUUCCUCUGACUGCUGAAGAAUUUGUUGCCUCUGUUAACAAGCACUUCCCACACAUUGUUGAUACCAAAAUACUCUUAAAUGCUAAUGAUGUGCUCCUCCGAAGGAUGAAGAAAUCAAGGACGUCGCUUUCAUCAGCCUUUCGUUUACUCUGUCCAGAAAUCGCUCUGGGUUCUAAUGAUAGUUCUGAUAUAGCUUUUGAUCGACAAGUGAAUGUGGAGGUUCAAGUGGAUGACACGAGAUUUUCCAAGUUGAGUUCUGGAGUCAAGCAUGAAGCCGGAUAUGAUGCUUUUAUGACAGGGUGUGUCUUUGCUCAGGCAUGCAGCCAUCUAGGUAUUGAUUUUGAUCUCCAGUUGUCCUCUGAUAAUCUGGCCCAUAAUGAAAAACUCCAAAAGCACGUCAACCUCCUAUACCUCAGUUGGUUUAAUGGGGACAUUAUUAAUUUAAGAACUGGGAACAGGAUUGCUGAAUCUUUGGUAACUAAUAACAUCAAAAAGAGGCACACCAAGAUUUUGUUUGAGAACAUUGUUUUAAUCUGGCGAUUUCCAUCUACACUCAAGGCAAGUGAGAUAAGAGAAUGCAUCUGUAAAGUCUUUGGUCAAAACUCUGUUACUUCCAUAUAUAAAGUGGAUGAAACUGCAGUUUUAGUUCAGUUCAGCAAGUCAGAGUUGGUCUCUGAUUUUCUAGUUUUGAAAGAAGAAUUAGACAGAAGUAAUGAUGUUAUCUCUGUUUUCCAUCCCUUAUCAAAACUACUAGAAGGUGGAAAUACAUGUGCCGCUGAAUAUGAAACCUAUAAAGAGAUCUGCAGUUCACCUUUUUCCAAGGUUCUCUUUGCAGAUCAGGCAGCGGCAGUUGGUAUCGGAUCGCAGACCAAGUUGGUUGAAUCCAAAGUGGUGGCACAAUCCCAAGAGCAAGAAACUGCUGUAAAAAAAAGCAAGGCAGUCAAGCAACGUGUAAUAGAUGAUCUGUUGAGUGGUCAGUCAUCAUGUACCGAGGUUAUUGAUUCUUUUUACAUCGGACAGGUCAAACAGAUAGGAGCUACUAAUUUGUGAUUGUGGCUGAUGCAUUAUUUUUAAGCUCCCACUUUCAACAAAGUCAUAGGAUAUAAACUUGUUAUUUUAUGAAAUUUUUGUAUGCGAAAUGUUAGUUUGUGGUGGAAGCAAUAAAAUAAACUUACACCAAGUCAUAGGAUAUAAAUUUUUUAUUUUAUGAAAUUUUUGUAUGCUAAACAAUAUUAGUUUGUGGUGGAAGUAAGAAAAAUUUAUUUGUAU